AAUAGUUGUCCUGAAUGGGGAUGGCAGUCUGAGCGACAGAGCCCAACCUGAGGACUGCACCGACAGACGCUUCGCAUGAAUGGGAGUCAGAUUCCAGCUUCAGCGCAGGAAAACAACAUCCACUGUUAAUCAGAUGAAUAUUUAAUGAGCGGGUUUAUUCAGAGACUAGUUGGACUGCAGCAGAGGAGAAGUUUGGAGACUGUGCGACAUGGAAAACGGCUCUGAGACUGGAAGAUCUUAGCAAGGAAAAGGGGUAAAAGGGCAACGCUGAGGAACCAUCUGUGGCUGGUUAACAGAGGGCAAUGCCAGAAGAAGCUCAUAAGGACGCCAUGAGAACACCUGCGACCCCGGAGAAGGCCAAUAACAACGAGCGCCCUGCAGCUGCUGCGACGACAGUAAACAUCCCCCUGGUCAAUGAAGUCCAGCUGACUGCAGCCACCGGCGGGACGGAGCUGUCCUGCUAUCGCUGCACCGUCCCGUUCGGGGUGGUGGUGCUCAUCGCAGGCAUCGUGGUCACCGCCGUGGCUUACAGCUUCAACUCGCACGGAUCCACCAUCUCUUACUUCGGCCUGGUGCUCCUCUCGGCCGGACUGGUGCUCUUAGCCUCCAGUGCCGUCUGCUGGAAGGUGAGACUAGAGAGGAAGAAGGAGAGGCGACGGGAGAGCCAAACCGCCCUGGUCGCGAACCAGAGGAGUAUUUUUACUUGAACCAGCAGUCUGAGCAACACAAAUCCUGAUACCUGAGUUUGAAAAGAGCUGAUCUCGACAUGGUUUUGGAGCUGGAGGACCAGCUGUAAGCAGCUGUCGUCCAGCAUGUGUUGGAUUUCGAACCUGUAAAAGCUUUGACCACAAACUCUCAAGGCCCAGAACUUAAAGCUUUGAAGACAGUGUAAGGGAUUUAUUUGACAAACAGACGUUGAGCAUCUGGCGAGCUGGGAACGCUGCCAGAGGGAAUGUAUCACAAUUAAGAUGAAUUACCACUGUGCGAAGCGAUGUAGAGGAAGUCUCCCAUUAAUCUGCUGUUGGAUGUGGCGGCUUUGAUUGUAAUGGGAGGGAUUGUGGUUUGAAGAGCCCAGGAAAGGAGAGGGAAACUGGAAAAUCCAGGACAAUGAUUCAUGCCUCAUUUUCUACACUUCAACUUGCACAUAUCUCUUUAUAACGUCUCAUUGUUCAUCUCACAGGGAAUGAGUAUGAAUUGCCUGUUAUGGAAGUACGGUACUUGACAAGGAUUUUGUUAAAAAUCUGCCAGUAUAUUCUGUUCAGCACAUACGAUUAGAUGGCAGAGGAUUAUACAUAGAGAGGGAAUAUUUAACCUUAAAUAUGUAUUCACUUAAAGCACUUUGAUCCUUCAUAAUCUUUAUAUCAGUAUUAAACAACAUUUUGUAACAAAUUCAAUAUAUGAUGAAUACUAUUUGUGAUUAGUAUUGCCUGUUAUGGUGAAUUUGGAACAUUUAAAUUGACCACAGUGUACUUCCAUAUUGUAAAAAAUAUCACCUGUAGCAUAUGUUUUGUUUUGAUGUAAUCUUUUGCAUGUAUUAACUGUUACCAGGAUGUCAUGAGGUUAAAUAAACUCAUUACUACUCAAA